AUGGACUCUUCUUCUCCUUGGAACGCUCUUCUCUCCUUUUCAACCCUCACUUCCUCCAAAUCCUAUCUCUCCGCUCUUCAAUCCAGAUCAGAUAUGUUUAUGGAUGGUUUUGAUGAAAAUGAUAUUGAUGUUGAUGCUGAUGAUGAUGAUGUGAAGGAGGAGUUUUUGUGUCCCUUUUGUUCUGAGUAUUUUGAUAUUGUUGGAUUGUGCUGCCACAUUGAUGAUGAGCAUCCUGUUGAAGCCAAAAAUGGGGUUUGUCCCGUUUGUGCAUUAAGGGUGGGGGUUGAUAUGGUUGCACACAUUGCCCUACAACAUGGAAGCAUACUUAAGAUGCAGCGAAAGAGGAAAUCACGAAAAGGUGGAUCUUAUUCAACACUAUCUUUAUUGAGGAAGGAGCUGCGAGAAGGAAAUUUGCAAUCCCUUUUGGGUGGGUCUUCAUGUACAUUGUCAUCGUCUAAUGCAGCCCCUGAUCCAUUGUUAUCAUCAUUUAUAUUGCCCGUAGCUGAUGAAUUAUCGAGUUCUCAGAGUCAACCUAACUUUCUUACCGGGACAAGGCAAUCCAGAAAAAGCUCGGAUGAGACUCUAUCAAAAGAAAAAGUGGAGACACCUACCUUGUCAGUCAAGGAUAAGGAAGAAAAAGAAAAAAGAUGCGAGUUUGUUCAAGGGCUAUUGCUGUCCACCUUCCUAGAUGACAUUUCAUGA